AUGGAUGAUUUGUCAGCUUACUACUCUCACUAUAAUCUGCCGACGAUUGUUCCUACUCCGGCGCCGGGAUUAGCUCCGAUCCCAAUUACUCCAGUCCACUCCGUCUACUUACCUACACACGCUUCAAUCGGUGGUCGUGAUGAGGUUCGGACGCUUUUCGUCGCCGGACUUCCAGAAGAUGUAAAGCCUCGGGAGAUCUACAAUCUCUUUAGAGAGUUCCCAGGGUAUGAGACUUCGCAUCUCCGGACCUCCGAUGGAGCUAAGCCAUUUGCAUUUGCUGUGUUCUCUGAUCUGCAAUCAGCUGUAGCGGUGAUGCACGCUCUCAAUGGAAUGGUAUUUGACCUUGAAAAGCAUUCUACUCUUUACAUUGAUCUUGCUAAAUCAAACCCCAAAUCUAAGCGUUCAAGAACAGAUGAUGGUUGGGAAAGCUUGAAAAAGCCCAAGUCUUGGAGCGCCACUCCUGAAUCUGGUUUUGGCAGCUUUCACACUCCUGGAAUGAGUAGUUCUGCUUACAACACAAUUGGUUAUUCACCUGCACAGAGUCAAGGAGUUGCUAAUGUUGCUGGGAGGGCAAUGACUACUGGAAAAUCUAAUAAUGGUGCUGAUCCUUGUCCAACACUUUUCAUAGCUAAUAUGGGACCAAAUUGCACCGAAGCUGAGCUAAUUCAAGUUUUUUCGAGAUGUCGUGGAUUCUUGAAGCUGAAAAUUCAGGGCACGUAUGGGACUCCUGUUGCAUUUGUUGAUUUCCAGGACGUCAGUUGCUCAAGUGAAGCAUUACAUAAUCUUCAAGGCACAGUGCUUUACUCAUCCCUCACUGGGGAGGGUUUAAGGCUGCAAUAUGCAAGAUCACGGAUGGGAAUGCGGAAGAAGAUUAAUUAA